AGCUAGUAAAUCACUUGUGCAACACCGUUGUUUAUGUUUAUUCUUGAAUUUUGCACAUGGAAGACUUUCCUUCAUGUUCUAUGGAUUGUUUGCUGUUUUUCUUUAAUUACCUGAUAUUAAUCAGAUGAGCAUUGGCUUAAACUGUCUCCCAUACUUCUGCCCAUGAAAUCUCGCAAUUUUGUUAUCACUGGUUGUGACAAGUCUGAGUCUAUUAUAGCUCUGCCGUUUUGUUUUAGUUUCUAGUGAAAUGCUGUGGAAGCGUUGCGAGAUGGUUUCACAGCUGGUGGCAAAUUGUCCACGCCAGGCAGAGUCGGUUGAGGAAUAUUACAAAAUGAUCGGCCCUCAGAUUUUGAACAUACUGAAAACGUCAACGCAAGACUCUACAAAGGCCGCUUAUCUUCAAGUUGCAGUAUCAACUAUUAGUGCAGUGUUUGAGAGAAACGAGACACUAGCUUGGGAGUAUUUAUUGUGGCCAGCGAUGCAGCCUCUAUGUUACAUGCUGAAAGACAGUCAUCUCCACUCGACGCUUAAUUUCCCUAUUCGGACACGUGACACGUGGCUGCUAUCGUCAGAAGAAGAAGUAUCCGAGUGCGUCGAGUGUCUUCAUAAAAUGUUUGUGCAGUGUAAUUGUCUGGGUCCGCACGUUGCUCACCAUUUGUCUGUCGUCAUGCCUGCACUAGUCAGACUGCAUUGUGUGUCUACGAGGAGUGUAUCUCAUCUGAGGUCUCUGAGUCAGGAGGUUUUGACGACAUUUAUUAAACGAGUGGAGAAUAAAGUCACUGUGACUGUACUGUCUCAGUCACUCAUGCCUUACACGUCAUUUAUGAGCAAGGCAUCGAAUGAUCACGUUAUCUCUGACCUUGAUGUAUUUAAUAAUGACAUGGGUCUUGUGAGAGGUCCUAGUGGUGGUCUCAUGGUCGUCAAUAGUUUUUGUCCGUGUCCACAGUCGGAUCUUGUUCUUAUCAAGAGAAACUUUCAGACGGAAUGCGACUGGCUUGUGUCGACUGUACAAGAUCCAAGUUGUGCAUCCGGUUUUCUUCAAAUUCUGUUUGAAGAACUCGGUGCAGCACUUUGUGUACCACAACCCGAGGAAAGCGACAAGUCGUUGCUUACUGUAGAGGAGACUUUGGAAGGUUCAAGUAGGCAACACGCGUUAAUCCUAACGAACUACUGUGCAGCGCUGUGCCAAGAGCUCAGUCAGAGUAUGUUUGACGAUCCGGUCGUUUUGAUCAAUUUUCUUGCCGCCUCAUUUCGUCAAUCUGUGUUAGAGCUAACCUAUUGCAAACCUGGUUUGGCACUGGAAACGUUGCCUCUUGCCAUUGGUUUAACGUCUGCUUUACUCGCCGCUGAACAGAAAGUACUGAAAGCUCAUCGUACUCAAAUCAACUCUUUAUUACCACACUUGGAAGUUCUAUCAAACGAGCAUCCCGACUCGAGCACAAGAGAACUGUUGUGUGACAUACAAAUCGCGAUUGUAACUCAUGGAGCCGUCUGGUCCGGCAUAUCCGAGAAAGGAGAUGACAACGAGGACAAAGUAGAAGAGACAAACGGCCUCUUUAGAGGCGCUAUGGAGGAACUGCUUGAUCCUCUUCUUCCUGUUCGAGCUCACGGUCUACGUCAGUUGACGUCACUUAUUCAAAAGAGAGAUCCAGAAGCAACGAGCAACAGCGACAAACUCCUGCUGAUAUUUAGACAACAGUUAGAACAUUCGGACAGUUAUAUCUAUCUUGCUGCCAUUAACGGAUUGGUUGCAUUGGGAGACAGAUUUCCCGAUCAAGUAGUUUCUGUGUUGUGCAAGCAGUUUGCAUUGUUUUAUGGAGACGACAACGGCGAUGUCAGUUGGAGAGCGAGGGGAUUGGCAAAGCCGUCAGUUUGUGAUAAAGAGAAACCUCGCUUGAAUCCUGAUUUGAGAAUGAAGCUUGGAGAAGCUCUUGUCAAGCUGACGCAGUUAUUGGGUGAUUUGUUGCCACGUUAUAGUCAGCCGUUGUUGUCCGCGGUUUUGUGCACUGUGAAGGACUCGGACGAGUUGGUGAGAGCCAGCAGCAUGUCGAAUCUUGCAACUGUUUGUAACCGCCUUCAGUUCUCGCUUGGAGGUGUUCUUCACGAGCUCCUUGGCUGUAUAACUGCUGUAGUGUCUCAUGAUCCGUCUCCCAGAGUGAGAAGAGCUGCUGUCCUAGUAGUGGAGAAAAUGAUUACGGGACUGGGAAAGUCAUGUUUGGAGGUGAUGGGUGACAGUAUUCGAGAUGUUUAUCGACUACUGAAGCAAGUCCAUGCAAGUGAGAGAGACGAACAAACAAGAAUUCAAGCCGAAGCUGCACUGGGAGAACUAGACAGUAUUAUGCGACAAGGUCUCUUCCCAUCUCAAGAGUUAAGAAAAAAGAUAGUUGUGCUUGGAGACACGUGAACCAGUACUGAAAUUAGUAAUUACUUAAUGUUUGUACUUAAUACUACGUAUGUCUUUGUUAGCACACAGCAAGGCACGUGCCAGACUCCUUAAUUAAAUGAACUAAGAGUUUGCUACACUGCGUGCACUAGCUGUCACAUGUGGAACCACAUGGACCUGUACACACGUACAGCGUAUUCCGUGUUCAAUUGCAGCCUCGAUCGUGUUGCAUGAGUACGUCCAAUGUGAGCGGCAUGUACUCAUGCCUAGAGCACGAAGUUGGAAUAGACUCAGCCUCGCC